ACUGAGUUCCUGGCUUUACAUCAAGAACACGAGUUGCGCAUCCUGACACUGGAAGACCUUCUUGGAAAGCUCUCUGCUGAAUCCAAGGACAUCCAGAAGGAGCUUGACAUAGCCAAAGCAAAAACAGUGAGAGAUGAUGAUGAACACAGUCAACUUUUGUCCAAAGUUAAAAAGCUAGAACUAGAGUUGUCUCGGAUGAAAUCGGAGCUGUUAACUGGGGAAAGUCUGAAGACGAGUUGCGAGAAAAUAGAUGUCAUUCAUGAAAAAGUAGAUGCCCAGGUCAAAGAAUCUGUCAAGCUAAUGCUUUUUGGUGAUCAACAAGAAGACCUUCCCGAAUCGCUUCUCCAAUGGUUUACAUCCAAUUUUGUGAGCAAAAGUGAUCUGCAGACUUUGUUGCGGGAUCUAGAGUUGCAGAUCCUCAAGAAUAUUACUCUCCAUAUGUCUGUUACAAACCAAAAACUAACAUCUGAAGUAGUAACAAAUGCUGUGACUAAUGCAGGGAUUUCUGGAAUCACAGAAGCGCAAGCACAGAUUAUUGUAAACAAUGCACUGAAACUCUACUCUCAAGACAAGACUGGUAUGGUGGAUUUUGCCUUGGAAUCUGGAGGUGGCAGCAUUCUGAGUACUCGCUGUUCUGAAACCUAUGAGACCAAAACAGCAUUAAUUAGCCUCUUUGGAAUUCCUCUAUGGUACUUCUCUCAGUCUCCCAGAGUGGUGAUUCAGCCGGACAUGUAUCCAGGAAACUGCUGGGCUUUCAAAGGAUCACAGGGGUAUCUUGUAGUUAGACUUUCAAUGAAGAUCUAUCCAACUGUCUUUACAGUGGAACACAUACCAAAAACACUUUCACCAACAGGAAAUAUCACCAGUGCUCCUAGGAACUUUUCAGUAUAUGGUCUAGAUGAUGAAUAUCAAGAAGAAGGCAAGCUUCUAGGACAGUAUGUCUAUGACCAAGGAGGAGAACCACUGCAGAUGUUUCCAGUGAUGGAGGAAAGUGAAAAUGCAUUCCAAAUAGUGGAACUGAGAAUUUUUUCUAAUUGGGGACAUGCAGAAUAUACAUGCCUUUAUCGGUUCAGAGUGCAUGGGAAACCUGCCGAAUAAUUUCCUACACUACAGCUUGGGUGGUUUUUGUUGUUGUACAUUUUGUUCUAAAUUUGUAUAUACCGGAAAGCCUAGAACACUGGAAUCUUUAAAGGACGAGGAUGCAAGAUAUAUACUGCAGAACUAUUGAUCCUCUGAUAAAGGCAGAAGACUGUCAGCAGAACUGUAUAAAAAAGAAUUUUUAUUUGCUCUAAUGCUCAGCUUGUAACUGCCAGUUAGCUUUACAUUUUUGUGUCCAUGCUGAGGGAAAUAAUGCAUGCAAACUACUCUGGUUCAUAAAGCCCAGUUGGCAAACAAGUGACACCUAUUUUAUAACAAAUGAAUGUAUAGGUUUUUUUAAAAGAAUAAACCACACUUUCUGCAA